AUGGCUAACACUAUUCCUUCUUUUGGAUCGGCAAGCUUCCGUUCUUUAUUCUGGUGGCUUUUGCUUCAUGUAAUACUAAUUGGCGCCUCUCCCACACCCAACAACGUCCUCACCAAGCGAGUUCGAACGGAGUUCCGUGAGUUUGCCAACGACUACGAAGGCCGGGUCGAAAAAGGCCAAUAUCUCAGAGACCUGUUUCCCCUAGACGACGAAAAAGCGGCAGAGUACAACGGCGGAAAGUCUGUCGUGAGCCCGUUCCAGGACCCGGUCGCUGUAACCCGAAAUGGCUGGUCUACUUACAUUUUUCCGUACCCCUUCGACCAGAAGGGCGCACUCGAUCCUUCCUACGGAAACAUCCUUGAUGCAGCCUUCGCGGAUAAAGACCUUCCGGUAGACCAGAAGGAGUCCACUGUGUACUACUACAUGCACAACAGACGCUUCCUUAAAGACGGUCAAUUCAAAGAACAGCCUACAAAAGCUGUGUACUCCAAUGUAGUGGUCCCGGCUUCCGGUGCCUUCAUUUUCGACGAAAACUAUAGUCCCAAGUAUAGGCAGGGCCAGCUCAAAGAGGGUGACAUUCCGGACUUGGACACGUUAUCUGAUAUCGCCUACUUCCAGUGGAGAGACGGCUGCCAAGUGAAGAGUGUUCCAACUAAUAGCCUCAAAGUCAUCUUUCGAUCACACAUUUCUCACAAGGGAACCUAUGACUAUGUCGUACAAGCUUUGGAAGAAGCUGAUUAUAAACGAGUCCCAGGCUGGGCUGAUAAAGCAGUAUUCUCAAUGGAGAGCCGGCAGGGUCAAGCUAUCCUUGGGACUGUCCACGGCUCCGGGACGGCUUGGAUGCUUAUCCAGCAUAAACAGGCACUCGGUUUGAAGAAGAUUUCUGAAGUCGCAGUAUUUGGUCACGGCACGGGUUUCGACUUUAAACAAGAUCCGAAUGGCAAAUAUGCGAAUUUAAAUUUGAGAUUUACCAUUGAAGACGUGUAG